GAGAAGCCUGGGGUGGGUGGGUAGGUGGGUGUAACAGUAUAUAAGCUGACUCUCUAUCGUGGGCUCCCAUUAUUGCAGUGUUUUUUUAAAGUGUGUUGAUCAGCAGAAGUGGUCAGGAUGAAGCUCCUGUUUGCAGCCUCCUUUGCCUUGCUGGUGCUGGCCACCCUGGACCCAGUGGACUCGUCUGCCUAUGACAAGAUUGUGACACAUAGUCGCAUCCGGGCCAAGAAAGAGGGACCCAAUGUGUGUGCUCUCCAGCAGGUCAUGGGGACCAAGAAGAAGUAUUUCAGCACAUGCAGGGCCUGGUACAAGGGAUCCAUCUGCGGCAAGAAAGCGACCGUGCUUUAUGAGUGCUGCCCGGGCUACACGAAGCUGGACGACAAACGUGGCUGCCCUGCAGUGGCUCCCAUUGACAAUGUUUACGGUACCCUGGGUAUUGUGGGGGCCACGACCACACAGAGGUAUGCAGAUGUUUCUGCCCUCCGUGGGGAGAUUGAAGGCCGAGGGUCCUUCACCAUGUUUGCACCCAGUAAUGACGCCUGGGAGCUUCUGGAUGCCAGUGUGAAGGCGACUCUGGAGAGCAGUCUGAACGAUGCCCUUCACUACCACAUGAUCAACAAACGCCUCCUCACCAAGGACCUGAAAAAUGACUUGACCGUCAAGUCCAUGCACAAGAGCCAUGGACUGCGUAUCAACCACUACUCAAAUGGAGUGGUGACAGUGAACUGCGCCAGGAUCAUUCAUGGGAACCAGGUGGCGACCAACGGAGUGGUGCACGUCAUUGACCGGGUCAUCAGGGUCGUAGAAGACACCAUUCACAACGUCCUGGACAACGACGAAGACCUCUCCAGCCUCAGAACGGUGGCAGAGGUCUCAGGGUUGAUGGACACACUGAAGGGGCCGGGCCAGUUCACUCUAUUCGCCCCCACAAACGCUGCGUUUGACAAGAUUGAGGGAGAUGUCAUGGAGCGACUCAUGAGUGACAAGACCAUCCUCCAAGCUCUUUUACAGUACCACCUCCUCAGCUCAGUGCAGUGUUCAGAGGCCAUCAUGUCUGGGUCCGUCUAUGAGACGAUGGAGGGGAGCACGAUUGAAAUCGGCUGUGAUGGUGAAAGCCUCACGGUGAAUGGCAUCAAAAUGGUGAUGAAGAAGGACAUUGUGACCACCAAUGGUGUCAUCCACCUGAUCGACCAGGUCCUCAUUCCAAACUCAGCCAAGGUAGUGAUGGAGCUGGUGAGUGAGAGCACCUUCAAGGACAUGGUGUCUGAGCUGGGUCUCGCCGCCGCCAUGCAGCCGGAGACAGAGUACACCCUCCUGGCCCCCCUCAAUGGCGCCUUCACAGAGGAGGUGAUGUCAAUGGAUCAGCGCCUCCUGAAGAUCAUCUUGGAGAACCACAUCCUGAAGAUGAAGGUCACCCUGAGUGAACUCUACAACGGACAGGAACUGGAGACUGUCAGUGGGAAGCUGUUGAGAGUGUUCAUCUACCGAACAGCUGUCUGCAUUGAGAAUGCCUGUAUGGUUCGAGGUAGCAAAGAGGGAAGUAACGGGGCUCUGCAUCUCAUGAGGUCACUCAUCAAACCUCCCGAGAGCACUAUGUUUGAUAUCCUCGUGGCAGAUGGACGUUUCAAGAUAUUCUUAUCACUGAUGGACACAGCAGGUUUGAUAGAGCUGCUGAAACAGACCGGAGCCUUCACUCUCUUUGCCCCCACAGACGACGCGUUCGGUACUCUGUCUGAGGAGGACAUAGCUCUCCUUAAAGUUGAUGCCAAUGCUCUGAGAACAAUCCUGCUGUACCAUUUCAGCACUGGAGUCUUCAUCAACGGAGGCCUGGAGGGAGGAGUCACCAACCUGCUCAAGACCAUUCAGGGAAACAACCUUCAGCUGCUCUCCGUGAACAGCUCCAUCCAUGUGAACUCGAUUGAUGUUCCUGACAAUGACAUAAUGGCCUCUAAUGGAGUGGUCCAUGUGGUGAAGACCUUGCUGUACCCUGGAGACUUACCUGUGGGACGUCAGGAUCUGUUUCUCCUGCUCCAGAAACUCAUCAAGUACAUUCAGAUCAAGUUUGUGUCUGGAUUCACGUACCGUGAGAUCCCUCUUACUUUCCUCACAAAAACAAUCACUAGAACCACCACUACCACUAAGGUUGUAGAAACAGUUCCUGAAAUCCAAAAAUUCACUCGAAUCAUCACCAAGACGGAAACGGAACCCAUCACAAUGGUUGUUGAAAGUGAACCUACAAUCACCAAAUUCACUAGGGUGAUUGAGUCAGAGCCUACGGUUACCAGGGUGGUUGUUGAAGGUGAACCUACAAUCACCAAAUUCACCAGGGUGAUUGAGUCAGAGCCUACGGUUACCAGGGUGGUUGUUGAAAGUGAACCGACCAUCACCCAAAUCACAAGGGUGAUUGGAUCAGAGCCUACGGUUACCAGGGUGGUUGUUGAAGGUGAUCCGACCAUCACCAAAGUCACCAGAGUCAUUGAGACCCACACUUCCUCCGAUGGGGAACUGGACACUGAGGGUGAAAUCAGGAGAAUCAUUGAAGAAGAAGUUUCCAAGGUUAAGAAGGUUCUGGAAAGCGAGGUACACAUCCUCCAGGAGGAGGAGCUCAAACGAAUCAUAGAGGGAGGUGGUGCUGGACUCACAACUGUCACCAAGGUGAUCCAAACAGAACCACAAAUCAUUGAAGGACCAGAUUUCUCCAGGAUCACAUCCUUCCAAGGAAACGCAGACCUGAUUGAUGCGGAGUCAGACAAAAUUACCAGAAUCAUCCAGGGUGGAGGACAAUUGCAGGCUAAAAGAGCACCAGUCAAACAGACUGGAACGAGGAGGAGGAACCGACUGGUGCGUCGCCACCCCAAGCGCACACAGAAACAGUAAAGUAGUCAUCACAGACCGGGUGCGACUUCUUUACACAGACACAGAUGAGGAACAACUGCGAUCGUGACAUCUAAUGGACAUUUACCUUGUUCUCCUGUGAAGGAGUUCAAGAAAUCGAGGAGGUGUGGGAUUAAGGUUGAUCUUGAUGACCCUUGAAUGAACUGAUCUCAAUCGGCCUGGAAGCUGAGAGGGCAUGGACUGACCAGCAUCCACAACGUCAAAAAUGCAAAGAAAUAUAUACAGUGUCUACAAUGUGUAUUUAAAAUGUUUAUGUUAAGUGGGAUUUUAAAUUCUGCUGUGGUGUAUGGGGUCUUUGAGGGAUAUGUGAGUUAUCUUGACAGUCAGUGUUGUUACUUUGUUUGUUUGUUUGUUUUGGAAAGCGGAUACAUUGCUUCUUUGAAAUGGGUGGUAAUAAUGGAUGACUUACUUUUGGUGCUUACAUUCAUACAUUUGAAUGUAUUUUUUUAUAGAUCUGAAACAGACGUUGCAGUUAUUUGCUGUAACUUACAGUACUUUGGACAAUUUGUCAACAAGCUCAUGUUUUUUUAUAUUGUUACAUCUUAUCUUUGUGGACUUCCAUAAUAUCUUUCUCCUCUUUGUAUCUGGUAUUUUUGGAGCAUUUUGCCCUUGGAUGGCAUGUUUUUAACCUGUAUGCUUCCAGGCUGAUUGGCUGGAUUCAACAGUUAUUUAUCAAUCAUUUUCCAUCAAUGGUAAAGGCCUUCCUGUUGCGACUCCAACAAGCCUCUGCACCUUUGCCUCUGUUUGAAAACAGAGUUAAAUAAAAAAUAUACUCUUGAAAGGGAAUUCAGUCUUCCUUUUGGCUUUGGCAUUGGGAUCUUUGGAAAUUAAAACUUUAUUUAAUAAAAACGGUAUUUUUUCUUUUUCCAAA